AGGAGGAGGGGGCCGCGGGCGGCUGGGCGGGGCACGCUCAGGCCUCCGCUCCUCACUAGCCGCAUUCGUAGCCCCAGAGCCCGCGCCGCAGGGAGCUCUGGAGGCGAGUGCCGCGCGCGAGCCGAGGCAGCAGCCGGAGGAGGAGCCGCGGGCGCCGAGGUUUCUCUGUCAUUCACAGAAAAAUGGAUCAUUUAAACCUUCGGAGGACUCAGUUAUCACAAUACUUCUAUACUACCAACUAAGAUUUAAGACAGUAAAUUUAUGACAGUAAAUUUCUACAUGUAGAACUGUUGAAGAACUAAGAGGAUAUUCUUUGAUAAAAAUAAUUCUGUAGUAUCAUGAUACUACUAAAUAAAACUAAAAAGCACAAUUAUUUAGUUAUUAGAUUUGUUAAUACAAGCACACAUGUGCAGUAGCUACUGUAUCCUAAUAGUUACCAAACCUCAAAUUUAGAUGGUUUCCCUUCUUGGGAAGAGUCAUUAUAUUUCCAAGAAACCACUGAAUGUUGUCAUUAAAUAUAUUUCCAGAUAAGUGCCAUUUAGAAUUUUCUUGAAACAAGUUCUAGAAAGUUCCAAGUUCCACCACUAAGUGGAUUUGAUAUUAUGGCAGCAACUUACAGACUUGUGGUUAGCACUGUGAACCACUACAGCAGUGUGGUGAUAGACCGGCGUUUUGAGCAAGCUAUACAUUAUUGCACUGGAACCUGCCACACCUUCACACAUGGAGUUGACUGCAUUGUGGUACAUCAUAGUGUUUGUGCAGACCUCUUGCACAUCCCUGUGUCUCCGUUCAAAGAUGCACAUCUGAACUCUAUGUUUCUACCCCAUGAAAAUGGGCUUUCCUCGGCCGAAGGUGACUAUCCCCAUCAGGCCCUCACAGGCAUACCCAGGGUCAAGAGAGGAUCUACAUUUCAGAAUACCUGUAACUUAAAGGACAUUGCAGGAGAAGCAAUCAGUUUUGCCAGUGGGAAAAUAAAAGAGUUUUCCCUUGAAAAACUCAAAAACUCUAACCAUGCAGCUUACAGAAAGGGAAGAAAAGUUAAAUCUGACUCAUUUAAUAGGAGGUCAGUUGAUUUUGACUUGCUCUGUGGCCAUUAUAACAAUGAUGGGAACUCCCCAUCCUUUGGUUUACUACGGAGUUCCUCAGUUGAGGAAAAAUCUUUGUCCUGUAGAAACUCACUUGAUACAAACCUGACUUCCAUGCUUCUUCAAAACUUCUCUGAAGAAGAUCUGGUUACUCAGAUUUUGGAAAAACAUAAAAUAGAUAAUUUUUCUUCUGGGACAGACAUAAAGAUAUGCUUGGACAUCUUGCUGAAAUGCUCUGAGGAUUUGAAAAAAUGCACAGACAUUAUAAAACAAUGCAUAAAGAAAAAGUCAAGAGGUAGCAUCAAUGAAGGGAGUGGUAAUGAUGCAGUUUCUAGCUCUGAAACUGUCUAUAUGAAUGUAAUGACUAGGUUAGCAUCCUAUCUGAAAAAGUUACCAUUUGAAUUCAUGAAAUCUGGGAAUAAUGAGGCUAUAGAUUUAACAGAACUGGUCACUAAUAUGCCUAGCUUACAACUAACUCCUUUCUCACCAAUAUUUGGCAACGAACAGCCCCCUAAAUAUGAAGAUGUUGUUCAGCUCUCAGCUCCUGCCUCUGGACGGUUUCAGACUAUUGAACUGCAAGAUGACAAGCAAAAUUCUAGGAAAAUGGACACUGUAAAAUCCAUUCCAAACAACUCCCCAAAUUCCUUGUGUAACUUAGAGGUAAAUGAUCCCAGAACUUUAAAACCUGUCCAGCUUCAAUCACAGUCAUUAACCAUGAAUCCUUUAGAAAAUGUUUCUUCUGGUGACUUGAUGGAAACUCUUUAUAUUGAAGAAGAGUCAGAUGAAAAGAAAGCAUUAGAUAAAGGACAAAGGACAGAGAAUGGACCCAGUGAGGAGUUGUUAAAGAUACAUGAACAUAGAACAGAAUUUUCAGAACAUGAUACUCAUCUUAAAAAAUGUCCUGCCUCCAUAAAAAAUGAAAUUGGUAACAUAUUUGAGAAGCCAUUUGUUCAUCUAUCUAAGGAAGACUGUAAAUCAAAAGGUCCUAAAGUUGAAAGCAGAGACCAGAGAGAUUUUAUGAAUUCUAAUAGCCAGGAAGAGAUAGAUAAAUUAUUAAUGGAUUUGGAAUCUUUUUCACAGAAGAUGGAAACUUCUCUAAGAGAGCCACUUGCCAAGAGUAAAAACUCUGAUUCUCUAAAUAGUCAUAGUCAGUUGACUGGUCAGACCCCCAUAGAUCUUGAAUCUAAAUCUAAAGUCUCUUUACCCAUGGAAAAAGUCUCACCUUCCUGUCUAACAAGGAUUAUUGAAACCAAUGGACAUAAAAUAGAAGAGGAGGAUCGAGCCCUCUUACUGCGAAUUCUGGAAAGCAUUGAAGACUUUGCUCAGGAAUUGGUUGAAUGCAAAUCAGGCAGAGGGAGCCUAUCACAAGAAAAGGAAAUGAUGCAAAUUCUACAGGAAACCUUGACAACUUCUUCCCAGGCCAAUUUAUCAGGCUGUAGAAGUCCUGUUGGUGAUAAAGCCAAAGAUACUACUUCAAUGGUUUUGAUUCAGCAAACUCCAGAGGUGAUCAAGAUUCAAAAUAAACCAGAAAAGAAACCUGGAACACCACUUCCACCUCCAGCCACCUUGCCAAGUAGUCCCAGACCUCCCUCCCCUGUGCCUCAUGUGAAUAAUGUUGUGAAUACACCAUUGUCCAUAAACAUUCCACAGUUCUACUUUCCUGAAGGACUCCCAGAUACCUGCAGUAACCACGAACAGACUCUAAGCAGAAUUGAAGCCGCUUUUAUGGAUAUUGAAGAUCAGAAAGCAGACAUUUAUGAAAUGGGGAAAAUUGCAAAGGUCUGUGGCUGUCCUCUCUAUUGGAAAGCCCCCAUGUUCAGGGCUGCAGGGGGAGAGAAGACAGGAUUUGUGUCAGCACAGUCAUUCAUUGCCAUGUGGAAAAAAUUGCUGAAUAACCAUCAUGAUGAUGCCUCUAAAUUCAUCUGUCUUCUAGCAAAGCCCAGCUGCAACUCUCUAGAACAGGAGGAUUUCAUCCCUUUACUUCAGGAUGUGGUGGAUACACACCCUGGUCUUACGUUCCUGAAAGAUGCUCCAGAAUUCCACUCCCGCUACAUCACCACGGUUAUUCAGAGAAUAUUCUACACAGUCAACAGAUCUUGGAGCGGAAAAAUUACUUCGACAGAGAUAAGAAAAAGCAACUUUUUGCAAACUCUAGCCCUUUUGGAAGAAGAAGAAGAUAUAAACCAAAUCACAGAUUACUUCUCCUAUGAACAUUUCUAUGUUAUUUAUUGUAAAUUCUGGGAACUAGAUAGUGAUCAUGACCUCUACAUCAGCCAGGCUGAUCUAUCUCGAUACAAUGACCAGGCUUCAUCAAACAGAAUUAUUGAAAGAAUAUUCUCUGGAGCAGUAACAAGGGGAAAAACUGUACAAAAAGAGGGAAGAAUGAGCUAUGCAGAUUUUGUUUGGUUUUUGAUCUCUGAGGAAGACAAAAGGAACCCUACCAGCAUUGAGUAUUGGUUCCGCUGCAUGGACGUGGAUGGAGAUGGUGUACUCUCCAUGUACGAGCUGGAGUACUUCUACGAGGAGCAGUGUGAACGGAUGGAGGCCAUGGGCAUUGAGCCCUUGCCAUUCCAUGAUUUACUGUGCCAGAUGCUUGACUUGGUGAAGCCAGCCAGCGAUGGCAAAAUAACCCUAAGAGAUCUGAAGAGGUGCAGAAUGGCUCACAUCUUCUAUGACACUUUCUUUAAUCUGGAGAAAUACUUAGACCAUGAACAGAGAGAUCCCUUUGCAGUCCAGAAGGAUGUUGAAAACGAGGGGCCUGAGCCCUCUGACUGGGACCGGUUUGCUGCUGAGGAGUAUGAGACUCUUGUUGCAGAGGAAUCCGCACAAGCGCAGUUCCAAGAAGGCUCGUUUGAAGAUUACGAAACAGAUGAACCUGCCUCUCCCUCUGAAUUUGGAAACAAAGGCAAUAAAAUAGUAAGCUCAAGCCUUACAGAGAAAUGUGGAAAGCUUCAGUCAGUGAAUGAAUAGCUGCCAAUGUCUACAUGAAAGGAAGAUGUGUAUUUUAAAUGUUUUUUUCUUGUGAAGAGAUGUUCUAGUUUGCAUACUGUGUUUCAAAGGCUUUGAUUUCUCCAAAUGUGUAUCUGCACUAGGAACUUUAAAAUGCUUUUAUGCAAUAGGUCUGGAUACACACUCAACUUAGGAGAUGCCUCCAGUUUGCCUCAAACCUCUUACAGAGCCUUUCCUCAGAAGUGAAUAUGAGGUACCAUCACGUUCCAAAGUGCGAAAAAGCACUCUAUACCCCUGAGUGUACCAAGGAUCUCUUGGGGACAGAGUUCUCUGCACAGAGCAGAAGUUGCCUCAGUGUUGGCCAGCAUUCCUGAGGCUCCUCGGGCUCCUAUGGAGCCUAGAAGAAACCUUCACUUCCAGAAAACUUGAGUCAAAAAAUUCUGGAACUUGAAAAAGCAGUAAGAGCCUCCAGAAUUGACUUAGCCCUAGUAAUAAAAGCACUGCCAAAA